CAAAGAUCACGUCACUCACGCGUUCUCAAUCAAGAUGGCUCCCUAGUUUGUGAGUAGUUUUGCCGUCUGCGAAAAAGUCAUUUAUUUUGGUCGUCGAAGGAGGUUUUUUAUUGUAACUCUACGCUUCAGUUGUAGCUGCCUGCCUUUUACAUCCGACGUUUCGAUAUAAAUUAGCUCACAACUAAAACAAAAUGAAGUCAGACGCUGAGGAGUUAAUGCCGAGGCUGCUGCCCGUUGAGUUUCGAGACACUGCAGAGGACCUGGAUCUGAAUGGGCCGCCGAGAAACCCUCAGGAAUACCUCCGACAAGUCCAGUUGGAGGCGUCAUUGUGUCCAGAGGUGGUAGUUGCCCAGAUUGACCCCAAGAAACUGAAGAAGAAACAAACAGUUAAUGCAUCUGUGGCAGGCUGUCAUGCUGCUCCCAUGGGUUUCUGCCCCAGUCUCAGUUGGCAGCAGCAGCAAGUCAGUAACUUCUCAGAUGUCAGACAGAGCAUCACAAAGAACAGGAAACACUGGAGCAGCCAGACUCUGGAUGACAACGUGCUGAUGCCAAAGCUAACAGACGAGGAGGGCUGGAAGAGGUUUUGUUUAGGGGAGAAGGUCUAUCUGGGCACGUCAUCCUGUGACACAGAUGCAGAACCAGAGCCAGCACUGGACUAUCGCAAGGUGGGCUUCCCUCCCUUCCUCAGCAUCGUUAGCAGACUCAACCAGUCCACGGUGUUGAUGGUGUUGGAAAUUCUUAUCAGUUGGUUUGAGGAGAGACCAUUUGUUCCACAGUUGGGUCGCUGGUUUUAUGCUCUACUGGCCUGCCUGGAGAAGCCUCUAUUGCCCGAAGCCCAUUCCUCAAUCAGACAGCUGGCCAGGAGAUGUUCCCAGCUCCGCAGCACUCUGGAGAGUCAGGAGGAUGAGAAACUGCCUGCCCUCAACCUGCUGAUCUGUCUUGUUGCCAGAUACUUUGAGCAGAAUGAUCUGGCAGAUCAGCCAGAGUGAACAGUUUGUAACUGAUAACAACAAGACUUCAAGGAAGAAUGUGUAGUAAGCCCUCUUCUUACUGAUGCAACAUUCAGACAGCAGGCUCUACACUCAAGCAACAAGACCUAACAUUUGGACUCAUGAACAACUUGACAUGGAGAACCUUUACCAACCAAGUAAAAUCAGUGGAUGGAAAUAAACUGUUAAAGGUCUCAACAGCGCACACAUCCACAGUGGGGCUGUGGUGGCUCUGCACAGGUUGGGAUGAAAGUUGAGGAGGAAACCAAAGGGCCUCAACCAUGAACAGAACCUGCUUUAUUUUAAAUGAAUUUGGUUACUUGAACAGACCUCUGCUGUUACUGAAGAAGCCACAACAGGAGGAUCACUUUUAUUUUUUUUUGGCAGGUUUAGUCAUGGGGUUAUUGAAUCUAAUAAAUGUGAGAUUUGUCUAAUAAACUGUGAUGGUUUGUGUAA